AUGUCUGCUAUUCUCUUCCUCAUGCUGGGCUUGAUCACCACCGUCACCGGUGUCUUCUGUUUCUGGUUCAUGCCCGAUAGCGUGCUGAACGCUCGCUUCUUGAACGAAAAGGAGAAAUCAAUCGCCGUGGAGCGCAUCCGAGGCAAUUUUCAGGGCAUGGGUAAUCGCACCUGGCAAUGGUACCAAUUCUUCGAAGCUUUCAAGGACCCUCGGACAUAUCUCUACGUGCUAUUCUCGCUCCUCAUGAACAUCCCCAACGGUGGUAUCACGACCUUCGGCUCUCUCACCAUCAAGUCUUUUGGCUUCGGUCCCCGCUUGGCCUUACUUCUGGGCGCCCCAGCUGGUGUUUUCGAUCUCGGUGGCAAGCUUCUUUUCACAUGGCUCUCCGACAAGUACAGGGACAGAUCACUUUAUGCGGGCAUAGCCAUCCUCUUCGCUAUGGUGGGUGGUGUCUUCAUGAUUGCACUUCCCCAGGAUGCUAAGGCUGGUUUGCUUGUUGGCUAUUACAUGACUAGCGUUGCUGGCGCCUCCUGGGGACUCGUCAUGGUGAUGAUAUCCAACAACACCCUCGGAUACACCAAGAAGGCCACCGUGAACGGUCUACAAAUCCUCGCCUACGGUGCCGGUAACUGGAUUGGUCCUCAAACCUUCCGAUCCAGCCAGGCCCCCGAGUACUAUACUGGAAAGCUGCUGAUGGCCGUCAUGUAUGGUGCCUCGGCGUGCGUGCUCCUUCUCAUUCGCGUAGUGAACUGGAGGGAGAACAAGCGUCGCGACCGCGUUCAGGCUGAGUCCGGUACUGCCGAAGUAACCGAGGAAGUGGAGAGAGCUAAGUUCAUGGGUCUCACUGAUUUUGAGCAAACUCACUUCCGUUACAUACUGUAA